AUGCAUUUGCUAUUGUUGUCAGCAUUGGCUUUGAUCCCUGCAGUGACACCUUGCUCACUGCUAGACGGUCUCAAAGGCAGAUUACAAGAAGUCAGAGACAAAACACUGAAGACUAAAGAAGAAUUAGACGUUUCACUACAGGAACCUCCAAAACCGUUCUUUAUACUGAAAAAGUUAGGCGCGCCACCAGCUCUUUUGGAAAGCCCCGAGUUAAAAGACUCAUCUGGCCAAUUACAAGCAAUUGCACAACAAGUUUCAUCUGCCAUGAGAGACCAUUUGGGUGAAGAUGCUGGAACUGAAACACGUUUAAUUACACGCCAAAUGGGGCAAGAAUUGAAGAAUGAGCUCGGAGCUGAAUUUUUGGCUCAACCAUUCGGAUUCAACCCACAAAUGUUAAAUAAAUUUUAUCAACAAGAGCUAAUCCCCAAGCAGCCAUUUGGUGGAAAAACUAUCGUACAGUAA